GGCGGGGCUUAUGACCUAUACUGCAGCCGGACGCCAGAGGGCGAUCCAGGUGACUUGGCUCCACAUCGUCACUGACGUCAGCAGCACCGUUAGUAACGCGUCCAAUCAGAGGAGAGUCUGUUGAACCCUCGCGGCCGUUUCUCUCCUCCUCGGACCCGCCGCCGAAGCUGUUCAGUGUUCGUAUGAUGAGCAGAAGAAGCCUGAGGUCGUGUGUGAUUCGAUCAGGACGUAGAGGACGAUUCUGCAGUGUCAGAGUAGAGACGCCUGCAUGGACACAAGACGAGGGUCAGAGGUCAGAUGUGGACCGGCUGCAGAUAAGGAAUCCAGAGAUUGUGAAAGGUCCCUGGACUGAGGAGGAGGACGAGAGGUUGAUCACGCUGGUCCAUAAGAACGGUAUGAAGCGCUGGUCGCUUAUCGCCAAACACCUGUGCAGUCGUAGCGGGAAGCAGUGUCGCGAGCGCUGGCACAACAACCUGGACCCGGCGGUGAAGAAGGGCAGCUGGACGCGGGAGGAGGAUCUGAUCAUCUGUAAGGCCCAUAGACUUCUGGGUAACCGCUGGGCCCACAUUUCCAGACUGCUGCCUGGCAGGACAGAUAACUCCAUCAAGAACCGCUGGAACUCCACCUUGAGGAGGAAGGUGAACAAGCUGAGACAGGAAUUCAGCUCUAGGACCUGCACCCGCCCCACCACCACCAAGGCGGACAGUGUGUCCAACGUGAUGGACAAGUCCAGCUGCACCUUGAGCGAACAGAGAAGCUUCGCCUACCUGUGCUCCACCUGUCCCAGCCCCUCCUCCUAUCUGAGAAUGUGCAAGGUGUUUACACAGAAGUUAACGGUGUGCUGUGUGCAGGUGGAGCAGCUGAUGAGCAGUGAGGACAAAGCAUCCGCCUCCGAGCUGCAUCAGCAGGAGGUGGAGCAGGAUGUGGAGCUUCUCCCCCUGAUCUUCUCCCCCUCUCAGGUGGAGCAGCUGAUGAGCAGUGAAGAGUUAGCCUCCACCUCUGAGCUGCAGCAGCAGGGGGUGGAGCUUCUCCCCCUGAGCUUCUCCCCCUCUCAGGUGAAGAGCAGUCGUUGUCCUGAUUUCUCCAAUCUGUGCAGUUCUGAGGACCAGACGUUUCCACCCACCUCCGACCCCGUCUGCUCCCUCAAACACUCGAGCAGCACCGAGCAGCAGGACUGUCUGCACUGCAACAACCAGACGCCUCCAGAGAUCCGGGAGAAGAUCAGACGUCUGCUGACGUCAGGUCCUUGGACACCGUCACCACUGAGGAUGAGCAGCAGUCAGGACGAGAUCGUUUCAGUUCGUCUGAGCCGAACCAGGAACACAACGUGGAGGGUCGUCGACCUCGACAGCCAGCUGUCCGACAGCAGCCCGGAGGUCCAGUGGGAGAGUCUGCUGAGCCCCGUUCUGCAGGACGUGAUGUGGUGUGAGCAGCCUGUUAGUGAGCUACAGUCCCUAGAGGAUCCCGCACCCCCACCGACCCCUUUCGAGCCACAGGGGGCGCCAGUGGGCGUCACAACAGCCGGCACCGACCCCCUCCUCAUCUGCGUGGGCGUGGCUCUGGACGAAUCACCGCCCUGCGACAAAGAAAGGUUACAUUACCGCUGGAUGUCAGCCAAUCAGCUGCUGAUCUCCAUGUCCUGAUCCUGGACCUUUUGGACCCGAUCCUGAUCCGGGACCUUUUGGCCCCAAUCCUGAUCCUGGACCUGGACCCGAUCCUGAUCAUGGACCUGAUCCUGGACCCGAUCCUGAUCCUGGACCAGAACCCGAUCCUGAUCCUGGACCUGGACCCUGAUCCUGGACCCGAUCCUGAUCCGGAUCCUGGACCUGGGCCAUUCCGGACCCGAAAACCUGAGUCGCAGUACAAUUCAACCUUAAGAUGAAGAAAACGAACGUGAUUCACUUCAGAUGAAACAAACGUCCAGAACAUGAAUAGACAUAAACUGAGAGUCUGGUGAAUGUGGCGGAAAAUAAUAAAUAAGGUCUGAAGGAU